AUGAAUUCUUUCUCCUCUAUCCACCAGCUUCAUCAACAAACCUAUGACGCUCUCGGAGAUGCCCUUAACACAAUGCAAAAUGACAUUGGUCACUUUGCGAACGUCUUUGCGCCUCAGGCCGAAGACAACUCCGAAAUAUUCAAGUACAUUAUCGAUGCCGUGGUCUUGGUGGCUAGCAUUGGCAGCUCCUUCGCUUGGAAUAUUGCGUUCAAGGGCCUCGCUAUGGCCACAUCGAAGUGGUUCUCGAUGGGAAAAGACGUCACCAACGCAGCACUUAUCUCCUUUUCCACCGCGAUGGGUAAAGACUCCAUGCAGUCCGCUAAAGAUGCAUUGGGCACCCAGAAUGGAAUUUCCUCCGCCCUUGGAACUUAUUUCUCGGCCUGGACUGGCUUAGAGAGCGGAUAUAUCACCUCACUCUUUGCCGGAGAGAGCGAUGAGGUUUCAAUUGAUGCUCUGAAAACCCUGACUGCCAACGGCUCGAUGCUUCUACUUUCGCCUAAAGUAGAUCUGAGUGGAAUGACUUCCCAGGCCGAAAAGAUCCUCUACGGACAGUUGAUUCCGGCUGCUUGGGCGAUAUCCCCUGAAACCCUCUAUCCCCGCAUUCUGCGGAAGGCCGGAGCUUGUUCUACGUCGAUUGACGGAGAUGUUCUCAGUUACAUGUCUAAGGACACUCUAGUCGGCGGAUAUGUCUGUUACAAUAACGACGCUUUCUAUGUCGUGAACAUCAAUACCUCUCCUGGAAUGCAGCCUUUCGAGGCCCUCCCUGGAGGAAAUCACCAAACCCUUAAUGGCAAUGACUGGGGCGGUGUCAUCCUCGAGGAUAUGGUCCAAAGCUCGUACCAGGCAUAUCAGCUGAAUGGCAACGCAAAUGGCUAUGAAAUGCCCGCUCUGUCGAAGAUUAUUGACGGUUCAGGCACAGAGGGUGAUUUGGUUUUCGAGAAUGGAAUCCGCACCCCGGGAUUCUUCACCCUGCCAAUCUGCGACGAUAUCGAGGCAGCAUCCAAUACUGUCGAGGGGGGUGAUGCAAAGGGGAAAUACUGGCCUUGCGAUGCACCCGCGGGAUACAAUGCUGGUGGAACUAACGUGGUGCGUAUCCAACAAAAAGAAGAGCAUCUACACGUCAACAACGGAUGUAUCAAUGUGAAUGGUGAGAAUAUCUGCAAGUCUCAAACCAAGUACACCAACCAAAGCACCGGCGACAUUACCGCGACCAUCUACGCCCAGUUCAAUGGUGACGACAAGACGGACUACAAAGUUACUCCUGGUUGUAAGCUGGAAGCUUCCUGGCCCCGCGCGUAUGGUGACGUCUACUUCGGAGCCAAUAACUGCCUGUAUGAUUCCACUGGUACGAACAUCAACGGCCAGUGUUGCACCGAGACAACCACGGACUCGGUUCUCAACCCGUACUACGGAUAUUAG